AUCGUUAGGCAGCGAAAAUCUCACCCGACAAGAUGUCGACAUUACAUUUUGUCGUACAUCCACUCCCUGGAACGGAGGAUCAGCUUAACGACAGAAUACGAGACGUGGCUGAUAAAAUCAACAAAUUUGGUGUCCAAACGCUACCCGGGCUACAGUCACUGAAGGUCCCAGUGAAACAGAUCGUCAUCGGACCGGCACACCUCGGCAUACUGCUCGAGGAUGGACGUGCCUUCCGGGUAGCCUUUUCCAUCAUACCGGAACGGCUGGAUCUCAGUAAACAGGACGCCUCAAAGGCUGGCGGUACCGGUGGUGGUGGUGGGGGCGGUGGCGGAGGAGGAGGAGGAGGUGGUGGAGGUGGUGGCCCCGGUGGUGGCAGCGGUGGCGGUGGUGGAGGAGGCGGAGGGAAUCAAUCUUCGAAUCAGUCAAACAACAAUUCCAAGGGUACGCCUACCUCCCGUCAGUGUCGUUCCCGUACGCGCAUCCUGCGCACAAGCAGCUCGGUCCGUGCCGGCAGUGGUUCGCAAGGAUCUGGUUCACGUAGCACGGGCGUUAUUAUGGGUGGCGGAUCAUCGGGCAGUCGAUCAAUCGUAUCGGUGCCGGCUCCGUUCGUGCCGGAAGAGUUGGUCGCUCAGGCACAGGUGGUACUGCAGGGCAAGAGCCGUAAUUUGAUAAUCCGUGAGCUGCAGCGCACCAAUCUGGACGUGAAUUUGGCCGUGAACAAUCUGUUGUCGCGUGACGACGAGGGUGGUGAUGAUACGGAGGAGGGCAGCGACAACUAUGUGGCGGAGGAUUUGAUCUCCCUGUUGGAUGGUGGUUUCCAUCCGGAUAGCAGCGUUAUCAUUGAUGCGGAAGCCAUGUUUACGGAAGAUGUGUUUGGAUUUUCAAAUAUUCGAAAUUUGAUGUUAUACAGUCGUGCCCGUAGCGAACGAAAUCAAAACAAUUCAUCUGGAGGUGGUGGCGCUGGUGGUGGGUCCGGCGGUGCAGCCGGAUCUGCUGGAAGCAACAACGACGGCACACCAUCCGGGAGCCGCGCAGGAGCCGGCAGCCAGUCCGGUGCGGGCAAUGGCGGAGGUGCCGGUUCAUCAGCAGUCAUUUCGGGCAGUGCUCAGUCGGGUAAUGGUGGCUCAUCCGGAGGAGCCGGCGGACCGUCUGGAGUUUCUGGCGGCUCGGGGCUAAACAGUGCGGAACGAGAAGGCUUUGGAAGGUGGCGCGAUCGACAAUACUUUGGACCCCGUCGUUGGUUCCAAGGAGGCAGGGAAGAUGUAUGGGAGAAAGAAGCGGGUGGUGAUUCAAAGAAGAAAGACUAUUCAUCCGGAUAUCCUUUAUGGGUGUCGGAUGAGAUGGAACCAUGGCCGGAAAAGGAUCAUGCGGUGCGGUUUACGGAAAUCGCAUCACUCUACUCCGAGUUUAUUGGUGUGACUGCCCGUGGCGAGGUACACCAGUGGCGUUGGGCUGAUGCCGAACCGUACCGUAGCAAUGAUGCACCGAACGUGCAUCAUCCGAAGACGAUUCCGUUGAAUCUGUUGUACGAAAAGGUGACGCACAUAUCGGCCACUCUGAUCCGGUGCUCCGUAGCAACCGAGAGUGGUCGCAUCGCUACCUGGAUGGAUGAGUUGCUUGGUUACGCUGGCAACAAGCUCGAGCAUAGUGCCACCAACUAUCCGGAGUUUGCGCUCGAUCGAAUAGUUUCACUGCACACCUGUACGCUGUACACGGUGGCACGCACCGAAAGUGGCGAGCUGUUUUGGUGGGGUGUGCUACCAUUCGGGCAACGAAAACGUCUUUGGGACAAAUAUCAAGCGAAAGCAAAGAAACCGGUCCGACCAAGUUUGAAUGCGCCGGAGGUGACUGUUGGGGCCCAGGUGUGCAUGAAAAGCUGCCCAAUGUAUCAGCACGGUGCAAUCGGAUUUACCAUCUCGAACGGUGUACCAAAGGUGGGCCAAUUAAUGAAUGCAGCGUGGGAAUUUACGAAGGUAUGCAGGUUCAAGCUACUAUCGAUGUCCACACUAUCGCAACAGCUAGCUGCCAGCACGCAGGGUGUAAGCACUGGGGCAUCCGGCGGUACGGGUGGUGGAAGUGGCUUAGGCACAAGCUCGUCACUCGCCAACAGCGGCGGUAUUGCAGGUUCGUUGGGUGCUGGAUCGAACGCAAACGGUGGAUUAGUAUCACAAAGUUCAUCCAUCACGUUAUCGGGAGGGAUGAGUGGAAUUUUAGAUAAAGAUUCCAAGGGUGGAGCUUCGGCCGGUGCAUCUAGUGGCGGUGGUAGUUCGUCCGGUUCGGGUGGAGUUUCAUCCUCGAAGCAAGGAGCUGGCAACAAUAAGGAAUCGGCCGAUCGGAUCGAUAUGCCGCCACCGCCUUCGCCCGCUUCCAGUACGUGUAGUGACACCGGUAGUGUGACCAAUUCUCACAAACGUCCCAAGCGCAUGACACCGAAGGAAGAACCGGAUCCCAAGAAGGACGAAGAACAGUGGCUGUUGAAGGACGUAAUUUUCGUUGAAGAUGUACGCUCCGUUCCAAUCGGGCGCGUGCUCAAAGUUGACGGUGAUUAUGCCGCUGUAAAGUUUCCUCCUCCGCCAGGCUCGGGCACCACCUCCCUGUCCUCGUCGACCAAUAGUGGCAGCAAUAGUAAGGAUAAAUUUGACGACAGCAUCGAAGCUUGGCAGGAUUGUCGAUUGCUGCGCAAAGACGAUUUGCAAGUGAUCAAAUCGGCCACCACACCACGUGUUCCUGAUUGCUUCCAAAAAAUUCCGCGCCGCAUUGUGCUCAACCCAUCGGCACCAUCAAGCAGCAGUGACGCAAUGGGUGGUACUUCGCAACUCCUAACGAUUGCGGUUGAUCCCAAGGGUAUACAUGGAAUUAUGAAAACAGCCAACAAUCGUCUACACUAUUCGCUGUUUAACUUGAACACUGGCCGGCAGGAGCAGGACAGCGUAUUCCCAACCGAUAUAGGAUCGUUCCUCGGUGCUUCGAUGCAAGACGUCUCGCUGACGUGCGUCGGCGACAACAGUUCCGACAGUGUGCUUCUGCUCCGCGACGGUAAUAAUACGCUCUAUCCGAUGGCGAAAGAUUGUGUCGACGCAAUACGCGACCCGAGCUGGCUCGAUCUACCGCCCAUAAAGUGCAUUGCGGCAGCUUCGCUUACAUUGCCGUCGGUGGGCGUGAAUCUGAAAUCCCAGGUAGCGCUGGUGGUUCUAGCGCCAGAACAGCAGCUACUAAUGUCGAAGAUCUUGCGCUGCGACAUUGACGGUGUACGACAGCUGCUAGCUCACAUUGCGGCCGACGGGCCAGAGCAGAUGCGAAGUUCGUUGGCUUCGAUUUUAGCCGAGCAUACGGAUGGUAACCGGAACAUAAUCCAUGCCUGCAUCAGCAUGUGCUCACCGACGUCGAAUCGUGAACCCGAUUUUGUCACCACCGGUAGCAGUGGUGGUAGUGGUGGAGGUGGUUCCAAUGGCAAUGGUGGCACAUCGAAUAGCGGCAACAGCUCGUCUGGUAAUAAUUCGGGCGCUGGGCUCGAACCAAUCAAUGUCAUCACGAACACGAUUAUAGGCAACCGGCCGGUUAGCAUUCGGGAGAUUAUGCGCCGUAAUGUGAGCAAUCGUGAGCUGGCGGAUAAUACUUCCAGCAGCGGCAAUGCGAUCGUCUCUAACAAUGUACAGAGUUCGCUAAGCGGCGUUACAGGUACGUCAGGUGGCGAAGAACCACCGGUAAUGGCUGGGAACUCUAUGCCAGUAGUGUACUGGCCAACUGAGUAUGAUCCAACGAGCGGAGAUGAGGACAGUCUCGGUGGCGGGCUUAACAGUGUAAUGGCCGGCACGUCUGGAACUCACCAGCAACAACAUUCUGGAGGAUCGCAAGCAAUCUUCGCUUCACAGAAAUCUUUAACAUCGAUUCCGGAAACGUACGUGUCCGAUCCAAACGAGCGCCGUCAGAACGCUCAGCUCGUAUUGCAGUUGCUCUGCGAGAGUCCCGUGCUGCAGCCACAUUUGCGUAGCCUGUUGAGUGCGAAGGAUGCUCAGGGGCAGACACCGUUCAUGCUUGCGGUUACCUGCCGAGCAUAUCAGGCCGGCAUAACGGUGUUUAAAGCGAUACAGAAAAUUGCCAACGGUGAUGAGGUGGUGCGAGAUUCGAUGAUUUUCCCUCCAGGAUCGUCACCCGAUCAGUCGCCGCUCGGAAUACUGUGCUGUAAUGAUACUUGCUCCUUCACCUGGACCGGAGCGGAUCACAUCAAUCAAGACAUCUUCGAGUGUCGUACCUGCGGCCUGACAGGAUCGCUAUGCUGCUGUACCGAGUGUGCCAAAGUGUGCCACAAGGGACACGAUUGCAAAUUGAAACGCACCUCUCCGACGGCGUACUGUGACUGUUGGGAAAAGUGCAAGUGCAAAGCAUUGAUCGCAGGCAACCAAUCGAAGCGGCACGAUCUGUUGUGCAAGAUGGCAGCGGAGACGGAUUUGGUGACGCGCUUUAAUUCGCGCGGUGAAUCAAUCCUACUGUUCCUUAUCCAAACCGUUGGUCGACAAAUGGUCGAACAGCGUCAGUAUCGGGCGACAUCGCGCGUUCGCUCAACUUCGUCCGGCAAUACGCGCAAAACACCAAACCUUGAGCCGGACAAUGAGAUGCCGGAGCACAAUCUGGAACCACCGCGAUUCGCCCGGAAAGCGUUGGAUCGUUUGCUGAAUGAUUGGCCAGCUGUACGAGCGAUGAUUAUGACGGGGGCCGAGCACGAAAAACCGAUCGUACCGAACGCUAACCAACAACCGUUCUACGACGACGACAACCAGCAGGUAUAUCUGCAGUCGCAGAGUGGAACCUCGUUAUUGGACAAGUUUACGCACAGUCUGAUUGUGCGGUGCAGCAGUGAUCCACUGGAAAAGUUGCUGAUGACUCUCGUGCAUGAGCUGCAGAACGAGUCCAUACCGGGACGGAUGGAAGAGGCACAAAAAGUGGCGCGGCGUUUCGUACGCUCCGUGGCUCGCGUCUACGUGAUAUUCAGCAUCGAGCGGUUCCAGAAUCCGGAAAAACAACGCAACUCAACUACGCAGACGAAGCACCUGCAAGCGUAUCGACGCGUGUUUACGGCACUGUUUAAAUUUGCCAUCGAAGAACUUGUUGAGAUAGCAGAUGCCUUGAUCACGCCGGUGCGGCUGGGCGUCGUGAAGCCUAUCGCGCCGUUUAAUUUGUCCUCGAACAAUAUUGACAGCACUGAUGAAUUGUUCUCAGUCGAGCCGCUAGCUCCGCCGACGAAUCGCAACAAUGCGGCGGGCAUUGCCCAGAUUACUAACAACACGGCCAAUGUGCACCUCGGAGUGGUGGACCCAAUGGACAGUGAGCGUUCAUCGUCCGGAUUUAUUUCGCGCAUUAACAUUCGGCUGGGUGAUAUCGAAGACAAUAACGAUGCGGAUGCGCUGGUACAGGACGAUGGUGAAACGUCCGAGCAGGAAGAUAUGGCCGAACGGGAGCAGCCACCGCCGCGACGCUCAACAUCGAUACGACCGGUCACAAGUGCGGUUUCCAUGAACGCUGAGGAGGAAUCUCAGGAUUUGCUGCGAAGCGAAGAAAAUGCCCAGGGCGAAAGUGAUAACGAGUUCAAUUUCCACGAGGCUGAAACGGAAUCCGAUUCUGACGACAAUCAGAGCACACAGGACGCGCAGCGAAGCGUACAAACGGGAGCGACGGCCGGUUCGGAUACAGGACUAAAUUCUUUGCUGUUCGACAACGAAGAUGAUUCUGCCGAUUCGACCCAACCGGACGAUGAAGGGUCCGAGGAUGGUGAAAGUGACGAUCAGUCCACGGUUGAUUUCAAUCUGAACGACGAUCAGCUCGAGCGCCGUCAGACACCGGGCGGCGGUAAUCAGCGCAACAAUCUUGCCCCACAGUCAAUGCAGUGGGCGAUACGUAGCCGCGAAACUACAGCCCCAGAGCGAGUCCGUUUGACUACGGGCAGUUCCAAUCUGGUGUUUAUCGAUCCGAGCUCGUUGCGUCGUUCGACUACUGCCGUGACGACUGCCCAGCAGCAGGAAUCCCCUACGAUGACCACCACGGCCAGUGCACUGGCACGAGCGUUUGGUAUCAUAUUGCGCCAAAUAUCCGAUCUGAUUGGUAUGCUGCCAACCAGCAUCAGUGGUUCGUCAUCCGUGCUUGACGUGACCCAUCAGGACGCUGUACAACUUCAGAUGUACGUUGAGAAACGGUUGAAACUUACGUGGGAGUGGAUACUGACCGUGAUGGAAGCAACCGAAGCACAGUUGCGCUUUGGAGCUUCGCUGACUGAUUCCACCGAUCCUUCGCAUCCGCUACAUCCGCUCAACAUUCCGUCUUCAACCAGCACUAGUGAAGCAACUCCGUCCUCAAUGAUCGGCGUAACUGCAGGCAGAAGUAGAGCCACGAUCAGCACGCUGGGCACAGCGACCACAGCGCGCAACCUGGGAUUUGCCGAUAAUGACCGCAGUGCGCGAGAUGGUGGUUCUUCUAUGACAGCAGACUCGGAAUCCAGCAGGCGCGAUUUUCUAACCUACUGUCUUUCGUUGAUGCGUGCGCAUAAUUCCGAGCACCGUGACUCAUUGCCCGUACUGGAUGUGACGGCCCUGCGCCAUGUGGCAUACGUGCUCGAUGCCAUCCUAUUCUAUAUGCGUGCAACGAACGAUUGUGAUCUCGAUCGUACCACGAACGGGUCAAACGUUUGGGACGAUCAGGAUGAGAAUGAAAACGAAGAAACGGAAGAGGACAUAUCCGCUUCCAUCGUAAUGGAUACCGAUUCGGUGGAUGAGGACAUGCUUAGCCGGCCGUCACUCGGCCGUCGACAUUCAUUUUUCCAGCGCUCAGAUUCAACACUCUGUCUCGGAUGUCCUGCACCGGAUCCGUUUAAUACGCCGCUAAUUGAAGCGCUACCGUUGGCAGAUCAACCACACCGUCUGCAACCGACGGCAAAACGAGAGGAUCUGUUUGGCAUGCCAAAGUGGCCAAUCACGCUUGCACCGGGUGCCAGUGGUACGCAACAUCCAACGAAUGCCUACUCUGGUUCGCCGGAAGGUGGUGUAGGCGCCGGGGCGUCGUGUUCAUCUGCCGGUGGUGCUACCAAUCUGGAGCUACCUCCCGUUCGGUUAAGUUUAUCGUCCUCGUUACGGCAUGAAAUGAGCAACAAUCAAGUAGCGACAGGCAUCAUCGUCGAUCCAUCGGAAAGCUUGUAUUCCGAAUCACAGCACCACCACCAGCAAUCAUCCAGUCAAGAUAACACCGUAGCUUUUAUCGAUGGAGGUGUUGCACAAACCACCACUACUACUUCACCACCCAACACGGACUCUCGUGUAAGGGUAGAAAUUUCUCUUCCCGUAGGAAUUUAUCAAGCUGCGGCGAGCAGCAGCAACACCACCUCGGCAGCGGCUGGAAACGGAUCAUCAAGUAAACAGCAGCAGCAGCAACAGGAACUGGUGGACACCAGCAACAUCGGCGGUGGCAGUACGACGGCGGCGCCGCCAACGAAAGCGAGUGAAACGCAUUCGCCCAAGCCUCCGCCACCGCCCCCACCUCCGGUGAGCGGUGGAAACAGCAGUAGCAGUAGCAGUAGCAGCGGCAGUAGCGGAAGCAAUCCCACCACCGGCAGCACUAGCAACACCUCGGCCUCACCGUUCUCGGAGGUGUACUACAAAAAGAACCGACUGUUCUAUCUGAAGAGCAACAACAAGUACAGCGAAGAGUCCGACGUCGAUGAAGUGAGUAUCAGCUCGGAUGAGCCACAGGACUUGUCGCAAUCGUCGAUUAAAAUCGAUGUCGAUACGGAUCAGGAUCACGAUGAGCUGUCGGAGUCGGAUUCGGAGGAUUCGUCGCGGCAACACUCCUCGACGACGGCGGCCAAACGCCAGAAGCUGGACGAUACUGCCGGAACCGGGGACAUAGGUGGGGCCGUUGGAAACAACACGAGCACCAGCAGCGUCGCUCUCACGAUGUCAUUACAGCAGCAAGGAGGAAGUAGCGGUGAUGGUGUUCCGCUUGGCCAGCAGCAGCAAGAGCAGCCCACAUCAGCUAUACGCCCACCGAUCAUUGUUGCCCGUCGUAAGGUGGCGGCCGGAACUGGAUCGGGCAUCACACUAGACGCAUCAUCAGCUACUCUUGCGCAAGGAUCCGUUCCGUCUGAUGUUGUGAUGGCAAGCGAACAGCAGAUGGCGUCGACGUCUUCAACUUCGUCCUCCGGACUGUCCGUUUCCUUCGCGAAUCCACUGGUGACGAUCGGUGGUGGUGGUAAUACACCGGCUGGGACAUCUCCGGGCAAAAGCGUUAUAGUACGUGCUGGUCCAUCCUCUACGGUGUUUGCCGCCGGUGGCCCAAUCGGCAAUAGUAACAGCGGCAACUCCGUCGAUCUAAUUCAAUCGGCCGAAGCAAUGGAUAUACAGGAAAUAUCGGCCCAUGUAACAGUCGAAACAACACCGAACGUUCUGCCGACAGCACUGCAGCCUGAAAUGCCACCACGCGGUAUUUAUUUGCGCGGUUCGUCCGCUAUGUCGUCGUCGAUUCUAUCCGACAUACUGUUAGGUCGGUGGCGUUUAUCGUUGAUACUGUUUGCUCGCGUUUUUCUCGAAGACGUCGGCGUAGAACCGGGCAGCGUUAUCUACGAGCUGAAUGGAUUCCCCGUCAAAGAGACCAAGUUCCGGCGCUACAUGGAGAAGCUUCGCUGCACGACGCAAAAAGAUCUGACAUUGCUAAAGAUGGAGCGCAACAGGGCGGCUCUGCUGACGCAAACGUUCAAGGAGCUUAACGUGCUGUACAACAACCGUCGGGUGCAGCAACCGCUGGUGUUUAAUCGCGUAAAGGUCACGUUUAAAGAUGAACCUGGCGAGGGUUCGGGUGUGGCGCGUAGUUUCUAUACCGCAAUCGCCGAAGCACUGCUGGCGAAUGAAAAGCUGCCCCCGCUUGAUGUGGCGCAAACUCCAAACAAGUACGGUGCCGGACCGUUUAACAGCAUGCUGCGACAUCGGGGCAGCAGUGGUGGACCCGGUGGUAGUGCAGCAGGAGGAGGAGGAGGAGGAGGAAGCUCGGGUGUUGGCGGUGGUGGAGUUGGUGGAAGUAGCGCACAGGGUAGCAGCGGUAUCGGUGGGGGCAGCGGCAGUGGUAGCAGUUCCCGCCGUGGACUGUCCAGCAAACAGCCACUGUGGCGUCCGAAUCGUGAAUCUCGCAAAACGCUUAACUACGACGCACGCCCGUUCCGACCGGCCAGUGAACAGCAGAGUGUGGCCGCAGGGACGGGCAGUGGUGGCGGUGCAAGUCCCACCCUGCUGAACGUUGGUGAAAUAUUUUCCGUUCAACAGCAGCAGCUAGGCGACCGGCUUUAUCCAAAGGUACAACUACAGCAUCCGAACAAUGCUGCCAAGAUUACGGGCAUGUUGCUGGAGCUGCCGCCGACCCAGGUGCUGCAUCUGCUAGCUUCCGAUGAAAAUUUACGCCAGCGGAUCAGUGAGGCGGUCGAAAUCAUUGUGCAACGACAACGAUUAGAGAUGGACAACCUUUCCAACGGUGGUGGACAAUCGUCUUCAUCGUCGUCGGGUGGUGCCGGAUCAUCAGUAGCACAAGGUGGACAAGGUUCCUCUUCGCUAAGCAAUUCUGUUUCGCUCGGUGGAGCUGGUGGAUCAUCGGGAUCGGGCACUAGUAGCGAACAAGUCGUUGGUGGUGUUACGGCAAGCAGCGGAUACGGCAGCAUGACAGGUCAAGGCACAUCUUCGUUAGCGAAAAAAUGUACACCGGUGCUACUGUUGGAUGACUGUCAGAUGGAUGCGCCAUUGUUCUACACACCGGGCAAGCGUGGCUUCUACAGCCCUCGCCAGGGAUAUCCUUCCAGCGAACGGAUGAACGCGUUCCGUAAUGUGGGCAGAUUGAUUGGAUUGUGUUUGCUACAGAAUGAGCUGUUCCCGCUGUUUCUGCAACGGCACGUACUGAAGUUCAUUCUUGGCCGACAGAUUCGCUUCCACGACUUGGCAUUCUUCGAUCCGGUGUUGUACGAGUCGCUGCGACAGCUAAUUAAGGAUUCGCAAACUAAAACGGGCGGCAUCAGUAUGCUGCAGAGCCUUGAAAUGAACUUUGUGAUUGACCUCAUGAUGGAGGAAGGCUCGGGAACGGUAGAGCUUGUACCGGGUGGACGGGACAUUCAAGUCAACGAGAACAAUGUGUACGAUUAUGUACGCAAGUAUGCCGAGUAUCGUAUGAUAAAAACGCAAGAAAAGGCAUUGGAAGCGAUCCGUUCCGGUGUUUUCGACGUUUUGCCCGACACGGCGCUAGAUCAACUGACAGCGGAAGAUUUGCGGUUGUUGCUGAACGGUGUCGGCGAUAUUCACGUUGCCACGCUCAUCUCCUACACGGCGUUCAAUGACGAAUCGAACGAACCGAACGACAAGUUAACCAAAUUCAAGCGCUGGCUCUGGAACGUGGUAGAAAAGAUGACCAACCUAGAGCGACAAGAUUUGGUUUAUUUCUGGACCGGUUCACCAGCGCUACCCGCUUCCGAGGAAGGAUUCCAACCGAUGCCAUCGGUGACCAUACGUCCGGCGGAUGAUUCGCAUCUACCGACGGCAAACACCUGCAUCUCCCGGCUGUAUAUUCCGCUUUAUUCAAGCAAGGCAGUCCUGCGGCACAAACUCCUGCUAGCGAUCAAAACAAAGAACUUUGGAUUUGUGUAAAAAAAUGUGAGCA